AUGUCGAGCGUGACGGAGACUGUCAAGGCGUCACUCCUGGGGACGGCGGAGGAGCCGCAGCUCACCCAGCAGAUCAAGGCCAACUUCCUGAAGCAUGCGCGCAAGGAUGAACAGACCGGUGAACUGUACAUGACUGAGCAGGAGUUUGUGGAAGCCAUUGCACCCAAGGAAGAGGACUAUCAUAAAAUCAAGCGCGAGCAGUACAGCAUUCUCUUCGCCGUCGCCGAUCGACGACAGACGGGCCGGAUAAACAUCUCUGACUGGGCCACCUUCGAGAACCUGCUCAGCAAGCCCGAUGCGGAGUACGAGGUUGCCUUCCGCCUGUUCGACGUCGAAGGCACCGGUGCGGUCAAGUACGAGACCUUCCAGAAACUGUACAAUCUCAACAAAGGAUCGGAUGGCGUCCCCUUCGACUGGAACUCGGAAUGGGCGUCGCUCUAUGUCGGCAGGAAGAAGACCCGUCAUGACAUGACAUACCCCCAGUUCGCACAGAUGCUGCGUGGACUGCAGGGCGAGCGUAUCCGCCAGGCCUUCCAUUACUUCGACAAGGACGGUGAUGGCUACAUUGAGCCGGAAGAUUUCCAGCGCAUCAUCCUGAGCACCGCCAGGCACAAGCUCUCCGACUACUUGCUGGAGCACCUCCCCACGCUCUGCAACAUCUCUGCCGGCAGCAAGAUCUCCUACGCCAACGUGCGCGCGUUCCAGAAUGUCAUCCGUGAGAUGGAUCUCAUUGAUCUCAUUCUGCGCGAGGCGACGCGCAAAAGUGAUGAUGGCAAGAUCACGCGGGCUGAUUUCCUGAACGAGGCUGCCCGCAUCACCCGCUUUUCUUUCUUUACACCUAUGGAGGCCGAUAUUCUGUUCCAUUUCGCUGGUCUGGAUGCACCCACGGGAAGACUCUCUCUCAAGGAUUUCGCCAAGGUCAUCGAUGCGUCCUGGCACACCCCGCUGGCCCUUGGUGAACGAGCUGUCGCCUCGACCGCUGGCAAAGCGGUCGAAAAGACGAAAUCCGUCCUCCACAAUGUCCUGGAGUCGGUCCACCACUUUGCGCUCGGUAGCAUUGCUGGAGCCUUUGGUGCUUUCAUGGUCUACCCCAUUGACCUGGUGAAAACGAGAAUGCAGAACCAACGUAGCACCCGUGUCGGUGAGAGGUUGUACAACAAUUCCAUCGACUGCGCGAGGAAAGUCAUCCGCAAUGAGGGCUUCUUGGGUCUCUACUCGGGUGUCUUGCCCCAGCUGAUCGGUGUCGCUCCCGAGAAGGCCAUCAAAUUGACCGUUAACGACCUGGUCCGCGGCCACUUCACCGACAAGCAAACAGGAAAGAUUUGGUAUCCCUGGGAGAUUUUGGCGGGUGGUACGGCCGGAGCUUGUCAAGUGAUCUUCACCAACCCUCUGGAAAUCGUGAAGAUCCGUCUGCAAGUGCAGGGCGAGAUCGCCAAGAAUGUCGAAGGUGCUCCUCGUCGAUCAGCGAUGUGGAUCGUGAAGAACCUUGGUUUGGUAGGUCUGUACAAGGGUGCCAGUGCUUGUCUGCUUCGCGAUGUUCCUUUCUCCGCCAUCUAUUUCCCCACCUAUUCCCACCUCAAGUCCGACUUUUUCGGAGAGUCGCAGACGAAGAAGCUUGGCGUUGUGCAGCUCCUGACCGCCGGUGCCAUUGCGGGUAUGCCUGCAGCUUACCUGACAACCCCGUGCGAUGUUAUCAAGACUCGUCUGCAAGUCGAGGCCCGCAAGGGAGAGACCGGAUACACGUCUCUGCGUCACUGCGCGACGACCGUCUGGAAGGAGGAGGGCUUCCGGGCUUUCUUCAAGGGAGGACCAGCUCGUAUUCUCCGUUCCUCUCCUCAGUUCGGUUUCACCCUUGCGGCGUAUGAAGUCCUCCAGAAUGUGCUGCCUAUGCCCGGAUCUGAGGCUGCGAUGACCUCUAUUACGCCCACCGGUAGUGUCGAACCCGGCGUCGGCCUGCAGGUUGCCAAGGCCCCUCUUCCGUACCUGAGAUGUCGCAACGCUCUGAAGCUCAUCCUCGACCUCGAUGAGAACUUUGGUCGCGUGAAGGUCCCAGAGGGCGAGAAGUGGCCCAAGUUCCUCUCGACUCCGAAGCAAUGA